UCUGCCGGGCUUGCUCAACACAACAUUCCGCCUUCGUGCCUUGACCUACCUCCUCCUUCAAAGCCUUCGCGUUCUAACAUCGCCUGGACCAUCACCCAAGGCUCGUUACAUCACGGCACAUUUCCUCCAUACAGUCACCAUGGCUUCCAUACCGAUAAUCGUCAAGCACCAGGGCACGAAAUACGAUGUCGAAGUCGACCCUGAAUCCACCGGCGAGGUCUUCAAGUUCCAGCUGUACAGCCUCACAGGCGUCGAACCCGAGCGGCAGAAGAUCCUCGUCAAAGGCGGCCAGGUCAAGGACGAUGUCCAGAUGAGCAAGUUUGGCUUCAAGGCCGGCCAGACCAUCAUGAUGAUGGGCACUCCCGGCGGCGACGGCGCCGGCACGCUCGCCCGGCCCAAGGAGGCCGUCAAGUUCGUCGAGGAUAUGACCGAGGCAGAGCAGGCUCAACAGGACGGCGCCAUCCCCGCUGGCCUCGUCAACCUCGGAAACACCUGCUACCUCAACUCGACCCUCCAGACCCUGCGCGCCAUUCCCGAGCUCCAGACCUCGCUCGUCAAGUAUGAGCCGCCCUCGUCAGGGCUGACAGGCACCAUGCCUCAGCUCGACCUCACCCGCCAGCUCCGCGACCUAUACAAGUACAUGGGCCAGACGCAGGAAGGUUUCGCCCCGCAUGCUCUGCUGAGCGCGCUGCGGACAGCCUACCCUCAGUUCGCCGAGCGCUCGCGCACGGGACAAGGCUUCGCCCAACAGGAUGCCGAGGAGGCGUGGUCGCAGAUAAUAAGCCAGGUCCGGUCGAACCUGCGCAGCAAGCCCUCUCCGGACGCCGCCGAGGUCUCCUUCAUCGACCAGUACAUGUCUGGCGAGUUCUCCAGCUCGCUCGAGUGCGACGAGCCGGCCGCGGCCGAGGGCGGCGAGAAGCCCAUCAUCAGCAAGGACACAUUUCUCAAGCUCAACUGCCACAUUGACGGCAACACAAACCACCUCCGCGACGGCAUCCUCAACGGCCUGACGGAGAAGCUCGAGAAGCGGUCCGAGGUCCUCGGCCGCGACGCCGUGUACACCAAGACGUCCAAGAUCUCGAGGCUGCCCAAGUACCUGACUGUGCACUUUGUCCGCUUCUUCUGGAAGCGCGAGACGCAGAAGAAGGCCAAGAUCAUGCGCAAGGUCACCUUCCCCCACGAGCUGGACAUUGUCGAGUUCUGCGACGACAACCUCAAGUCCAUGCUUGUGCCCGUCAGGGACAAGGUCCGGGAGGUGCGCAAGGACGAGGAGGACAUUGAGCGCGCCCGCAAGCGGAGAAAGCACAACACUGCCGACAACACGGGCUCGGCGGGCGACGACGUCCCCGGCGCCAAGGUGGACGACAAGAAGAAGAACAAGAAGGACGACAAGCCCGCCGCGGACGGCGAUACUGAGAUGACAGAGACAUACAAGACGGACGCCGAGAUCGACGCGGAAAAGGCCGAGGCCCUGCUCACGGCCAAGAAGGAGCUGCACGCGCUGAUCCACCCGGAGCUGGCCAAGGACGACGGCGCCAACCAGUCUGGCCUCUACGAGCUACGCGGCGUGGUGACACAUCAGGGCGCGUCAGCCGACAGCGGCCACUACACGGCGUACGUCAAGAAGAACGCCCCCGUGGACGCCAAGACGGGGAAGCGCAAGGGCGACGAGGAUGGCAAGUGGUGGUGGUUCAACGACGACAAGGUGACCGAGGUCACGGCCGACAAGAUCGAUGCCCUUGCAGGCGGUGGCGAGUCCCACUCGGCGCUCAUCUUGCUGUACAAGGCAAUUCCGCUGCCGUCGGCGGACGGUACGACUGAAUAGGCUUGCUUACCUUAGUUUGAAGAGGGACACGGAGUGGCAGUUUUGACGAGCAAUACGCCUCCCAUGAUGAUGAGCAUCGAGCAGUAAGAAAGGGAACACGUGAAAUGCAAGAAAAUAAAAAUAAAAAAGUUAGAGAGCACAGGCAACGUGCACUUGGAAAGACAAG